AUGGGACCUAUCCAGCACCAGUUCAACCCUUACGCCGACAAUAGCGGAUCGAUCCUCGCCAUCUCCUCCUCCAAGUUCGCCGUCAUCGCAGGCGACACGCGCCAGUCGUCCGGCUACAACAUCGAGACCCGAACCGCCAAGCGCGUCUUCCAGCUCACGCCCGAGGCGGCUAUUGCGGUGCAGGGGUUCAUGGGCGAUGCGAUGAACUUGGUCAAGCGGUUGAAGCAGAGGCUCGAGUGGUACCACCACACGCACAACGAAGUCCCUUCGCUGAAAUCGAUCGCGCGCCUCGUCCAAACCAUGCUCUACGGCAAACGCUUCUUCCCUUACUACUCCUACGUGAUCCUUGCCGGAAUCGACCGAGACGGAACCGGAGCGGUGUACUCGUUCGACCCGGUGGGGAGUUACGAGCGGGAGAGCUGCCGCGCGUACGGCAGCGCGCAGUCGCUGGUGCAGCCGUUCCUCGACAAUAUGGUCUACAAGAAGAACCAAGUCCCCGACCCUUCCCUUCCCCCACCCGUCCCCGGCCAACGACCCGAAUUCGACCUCGCCGAGGUCCAGUCCCUUCUGACAGACGCCUUCACCGGCGCCGCGGAGCGACACAUCGAGGUUGGUGACGGACUGGAUGUGCUUGUUGUCGAGAAGGAUAUGGAGAUGCGGUGGGUGCACUUGCCCCUCAAGCGAGACUAA